CGAGAGAGUGAGGAGGUGGGGAAAAGGCGGCCAAGAUGGCGGCGCCCAGCGAUUCCGACUCUGACGGCGCCGAGGAGCUGUCGAGGCUGAAGGAGGCGGCCUGGGACUUUGGGCGCUUCACUGCUCCGGGUCACAGCGAAGGGACCAAGAAAAAUGAGAAUCAUAAACCAACAUCAAAACGGCCAAGUUUCAGGCAAAAAGCAGAUGAUCACGAACACGAUGGGAAUGAGUUGCAAACGACUCCAGAAUUCCGGUCUCACGUUGCAAAAAAGCUGGGUGCUUUGUUGGACAGUAUGAUAACCGUAAAAGAACAUGGUGGAGAUGUUUCGCAGCAGCGGGAAGAAGAUGGUGGUAAAGAUGAUGAUGGUGAAGCAGGCUUUCGGUUGUUUUCCACAUCUGUGCCAGGAGAUCUUGAGAAGCCAGAAGACUCUGCUCUGGUGAAGUGGAAACCCCCUCCCAGUUCAAGUGAUUCGGACAGCGAGUGGGAGCGACUGAAGGAAGCGGCAGUCUCGAGCAGCGACUUACUGAAGCAGAGCUCAGCUCUGCCCAGCGCCCAGCCGAGGGCAGAGUUUGAGGCGGGCACGGGGCAGCCCGAGGGCAAAACAAGGAAGAAACAAAAGAAAAAGAAGAAGAGGAAAUCGGAGGGAGGGGAUAAUUUAGCCAAUGGCAGCAGUGUUGAGCCAGUGACCGAGGAGCGCGAUUCCGAUUCCGUCUGGAAUGGAAAACCACAGAAAAAGCACAGAAAAAAUGGGCCUGAACAAAGCCAACGCCUCGAUGGAGUUGGGCAACGACACUUCGAGGUGGCAGAGGCUGACCCGAGGGCAGCAGACAUGCAGCCUUUUCACAAGAAAAAGUGUAAAAAGGUCAAGCGGAAAAGUAGCGACGAACACAGCUCUGAGAAUUUCAAGCGGAACAUAAAGAAACCUCACAAGUUGCCGGAUAAGUCUUGACGGGGAGAGUGGUUUUGCAGCUCGUGGUUUUGAAAGAAACCCCGUCGAUUUCUUCUCCCAAGUCUUUUUUUUUUCUCUCUCUCUCUCUCUGUCUCUUUCCCUUUUAUUCCAUAUUUUUACCCCCAGGCCUCGGAGAAGCUAAGGAACGAGACAGUCCUUUAACCUAGUGGCUAGCCAGCUCGCCUCACAAGCGAGAGGUCCAGGGUUCGAUUCCCGGGGCGGGGCGAAACCUCAGGCAAGUCUCCUCACUCCACGCGCCUCUGCUCACCUUGCAGCAAAUAGGAAAUCAGUUGUUAGUCGAUUGGCGGAUCAUUUCCGGGGGUAGUAAUCCCUUUGAAU